AUGAAACAUACGGUAUCGUGUCGUCGCGUAGCAAAUAUGAUCGAAAGAAGUCCAGCAUUUAAUAAGCAUGGUAGUGUUAUAGCAUCGAACUUGAGACAAUUCGGAGAAAUGGUCAUGAUAGCAGGUCAAAGUUUACGUAAAAUGUAUCGUAAAGGAUCAUUUGUGUUCACAUCCUUUGAUAUAGAAAUUGAAGCUAUGAUGAAAAAAUUAGUAAAGUUGGAAUAUGGUGAUAUAAGAUAUUUUAGCGGUCGUUUGAACAAAUUGGCAAACAUAGUUAAGGAAUUUCGUGUAAUUGUCGCGGAAGCAAGUAAAUCUGUUAUGGAUGCGGAAAACGUACGUGAUGGGGUCGAAAAAUAUAUUAUCGAAGCCAGAGAAGAAUUAUUAAUUACUAAUGAUAUCAUGAGGCAUUUACAAAGUACUGCCGUACACUUGGAUCAAGUUAAUAAGAUUUUGAUAGAUUAUGAAGAUAAAUUAAUUGAUUUAAAUACCGAGAUGAUUCAAGCUGAAGAGAAAGAUAUAUUGGAAAUUUCAAUAACUGAUCUUCAAUACUUGAAGAGUUCUAUUGAUAUUUUGAAAAAGAGCCACGAUAGAUUCGUGCAUAAGGAAAGUUUAAAUUAA